AUGAGUGACAACAAAAAUGAUGUAAAUGAGCUCAUUCAUAUGGAGCAAAAAAAAAAAAGGAAAAUAGAAAAGGAAGAAAUUGAAAGCAAACAAGAUGACCAGUCAGAAAAUAAUGACUAUAAUAUGAGUAUUUGUGAUAAUUUACCUGAACAUUCAGAAAAUAAUGAGUAUGACAAGAAUAUUUGUGAUAAUUUACCUGACCAGUCAGAAAAAAAAAGUGCGAAUGGUCAGGAAAAAGAGGGAGAGCUAGAAAAUGACGAUGAAAAUGAGGAGAAUAGCGAAACUGAUAGUAGUAGUGGAGAUGAAAAAAAAAAUAAAAAUAUAAAUGAAGAAAUUAAGGGAUUCAUAUCAAAAAGGAUACCAAAUAUUAGUAGAGAUUUAAGUGUGGAUGUUUCAGUAGCAAUACCAGCAACAAUUAUAAAUAAUAAAAAUGAUGUUAUAAAAUCUUAUUUAUCAAGUUAUUUAGCUAGAAUAUUUACAAUUUUUUCAAUAUCUACAAUAUAUAUAUAUGAUGAUGGAUUUGAAUUAAAUCGUAAUGACCGAAAUGAAAAUAGAAAUAGCAAUCCUCCAAAACCAACCAAUGAGCGUCCUACCUUUUCAAAUAUCGAAAAAAAUGAAAACAAUAAAAAAUAUGAAUAUUCAUAUUUAUGUAAAUAUUUACAUUUUAAUUUACAAUAUUUGGAAACACCACAAUAUUUACGAAAACAUAUUUUUCCUAUUACAAAUUUUUUGAAACAUUCGGGACUUAUGAGUCCGGUAGAUGCACCUCAUCAUUUACGGAGUGAUGAAUGGCUUCCAUUUAGGGAAGGGGUUGUUAUAAAAAAAAAUUUAAAUAAUAUAAUUGUUGAUGUUGGUUUGUUUUCAAAUGUUUUGGUAGAAAAUAUUAAUAAUAUAAAUGUUGGGACUAGGGUUACUAUUUUAUUUGAUUCAGAGGCUUUUAAUCGUUUUAAAAAUAAAAACACAAAAAAUUUAUUUAUAGGAAAAGUUAUACAUCCAUCAAUGCCAAAAUUAUAUAAUAUAUAUUGGGGUUAUAACAUACAAAUUUUAAAAAAUCUUACUGAUGUGUUUGAUGUAAAAGUAGAUUGUAUUAUUGGGACAUCAGAGAGGGGGGAUCCUAUUCAGGAUAUUAAAACGCAAAUUAAAAGUGCCAGGUCCAUCUUGAUAGUGUUUGGAAACCGAGAUGGGGUGGAGGACUUGUUUAUCAGAGAGCGGGAAAUAAAAAAAAACAAAACAUAUAGUGGAAAAAAGCGAGCAAAAGCUUUAAACAAAAUAUUAAAAAAAUUUGACUACUUCAUAAAUACAUGUCCAAAUCAAACUUCAAGAACAAUAAGAACAGAAGAAGCGAUAAGUAUAACAUUGUCUCUGUUUCAAAGUAUUCUUAGCUAA